AUGAGGAUGUCUGAUCUUUACUCCACCUUGUUCGUCAUAAUUACUCUUACAUCUAUUCACCGAAGGGAAACCAUCGAGGCAGCAUCAUGUCUUCAGGACCUCAGUCUGAAGGCUGCCUACUGUUCUCAUAAGGGCUUCAGGUCUGUUCCUACAGAUCUCUUACCUGAUCUCAGAAGACUCCAGCUAGACUACAACCUUCUAACCACGCUUACAAAUGAGACAUUUGAGAGGUAUCCCAGCCUUCGUGAGCUCGACCUAGGUGACAAUAACAUAUCUCGCAUUGAUGAAGGUGCAUUUAACCCCUUGAAGAACUUGUUUAGCGGCGAACUCCACACCAUCCAGAAUGGAUUCUUUGCACCUCUCAAAGGAAAGAAUCUAGACAAAGUUGAUAUUGGAUGGAAUAGCAUAGUUAUGAUUGAAGACAAUGGUUUUGAUGGUUUAGCAGGCGUUUCUGAGCUUCAGCUAGGAAGGAACAAUCUGGAAGAGAUAGAACCAAGUGUCUUUAACGGAAUGAUGGCUCUUCGUACUCUUUCAUUGGAUGCAGACAGAAUCAUAACUCUCAAUAGAAAUGAGUUGACAUACCUUGAUUCUAAUUUGUUUAAGUACUUAUCAGGUCUUGUGCAUCUUGAUGCUUCGAGAAAUCGUAUAUCUGGCUUGAACCGUAGCACGUUUGAACCCCUAGCGCGUCUAACGACACUUGACCUAUCUCUCAAUCCCCUAGUCUGUAAUUGUGAUCUUAAAUGGUUACCUGGUUGGUUGAAAGGGACAGUAGAGCUCAUUGAGUCGACGGAUACGACAUGCAUCGAUAAUGCAGUGACUUUGGAGCCUUUUAGGGGAAAACAAUUAAUAACUUUUGAUCCUAGAGACGAAUGUGGUCCGAACAUCAUCCUCUACUCUUGUUUGGCGAUGUUAGGUAUGGUACUGAUCUUUGCUCUAGGUUUGAUCUACUACCAGCGAUGGUGGAUCAGAUAUCGAUUGUUCCUUCUAAAGCUCUGCUUCAUUGGAUACGAAGAGAAAUACGACGAGGUCGACAGAGGAGAAUUCCAGUACGAUAUCGCCAUCAUGCUCGACGAAGCCGACGAUAUGUGGGUCAACCAACAUUUGCGACCAGCCCUGAUGGAGCGAGUUCCAGCCUUCAAUCGAAUCGUUUGUGGUGAUGAAGAACUCAUGCUUGGUAUGUACUAUCUUGACGCCGUCCACUACGCUACAGAAAAAAGCUUCAAGACUAUUAUCGUGAUCAGUCACGCUGCCUUACAGGACCAGUGGUUCAUGAUGAAGUUCCGAACCGUUCUCGAUCACGUCAAUGACAUCGGCACAGAGAAGAUGAUUCUCGUAUUUGUGGAGGACGUUGUGGAUGACGAGCUCCCUUUCCUAAUCAGACUGUUUCUCAGUGAUCAUCGACCGUAUCUGGUUUGGCCAGACGAUGAAAGAGGACGAGACUACUUUUGGGAGGAGUUGAUCCGGGAUCUUAAGAUCAAUCUCAGGUGUAAUCACCUGAUACCUCCUAAUUGA